AUGAAGGCCUCCUGCCUCUUCUCCUGCUUCUCCCUGCUGAGCUUCUGUGUCUGUUUCCCCCUGGAUGAGGGGCAGGCAUUGGGCCAAAAGGCCAGCCUCUGGGUCCCCGGAGCUACCAAGUGGAAGUGUUCGCCUGGAGACCUCAAGUCCCUCCUCAGCAUCGCCAGGGAACUACAGGGGUUUGAGAAGGAGCGAGCUGGCAUCCGCCUCCGCUUCGGGAGGGAGAGAGGAGGAGGCCCAGAAGAUGUGAAUGAAGCCACCAACUACCUGCCAGAGGAGGCAGGUGAGAAGAGGGCUGGCACUUUGGGGAACCUUGCUGAGGAGCUGAAUGGCUACAGCCGGAAGAAGGGAGGCUUCAGCUUCCGCUUUGGGCGACGGAGGACAGCAGCUCUCUUCUGA